AUGUUUUGGAUAAUUAAUUUUACAAAAUGUAACUUCUUAUCUUAUAACGCACAACAUUUGGUAAUAUGGUUGUCGUUGCUCAAGGAAAUCAAUCCCUCGACCGCUAGAUGGACGAUUAUUAAUCCUCAAGGCACCACAUUGGAAGUUGAGAAAGACCUUUAUUUGAGGCGAAUAGCAGCAGGGAAGGUUGGCGGACCUCAUUGGAAAGAUAUUGAUCUGAACUGUUUAGGAAUCCAUAGAGCUGUUUGGGAAUCCAAAAAGCUAUUUGUCAGUCUGCAUAACUGUUUGGGAAUCUGCAGAUCUGUUUUUCAGUCUGCAGAGCUAGUUGUCAUUCCACAAAACUGUUUCUCAUUCUGCAGAGUUGUUUGCCAGUCUGCAGAGCUAUUUCUCAUUCCACAGAGCUGUUUGUCAGUCCUCAAAGUUGUUUCUCAAUGCAGCGACAUUGUCCGAUCCUCCAUAUCCAUGGACGACAAGAGAGGUGAUGGUCCUAACACGAUGUUGGAUGAACGUUUACGAGGGUGUAACACCAAUAGCUGCCCCUCAUUGCCUUGUAGGCCAUAUUAUUACGCAGACGAUGAGGAACUUUUACAAUUUGUUAAAGAGUAUUACAUGAUGGAGCGUGAUGGAAGUGAGUUUGAAUAUGAAGACGUUUGGAAUGCGGUUAAAAAAACAAGUAUUUCAUGUAGACGGUAA